AUGAUAUUUCUAAUAAAUGCAUUCAUUAAACAAAGGGAAAACCUUUUUGAUUCAUUUGCUGUGAAUGAAUUUAAAGCAAAUAGCGAAAUAAGAAUCUAUAUAUUCGUCAAAAAAUCCUCUGUUUAAUUUCUAAAAAAUAAAAGAAAUAUAUUAAAAAAAUUAAAAAACUAGAAACAAAAAAGAAACAAAAAAAAAUGGGAUCCACCAAAAAGUCUGCUACCAAGUCUGCCUCUCGUGAAAGAUCUAGAUCUCCUUUAACUAAGACCUCCGCCAAGAAGUCUGCUGCUAACAGAUCUACUUCUAAGAGCCCUGUUGCUUAAAAGAGAUCUGUUACUCCUACCAAGAAGAGUACUGGUAAGACCUCAACCAAGGCUGAAUCUACUAAGAAGUCUACCACCAAGUCUGCCUCCAAGACUCCUACUAAGGCUUCUGCUACUAAGUCUACUUCUAAGGCUUCUGCUAAGAAAUCUACUGGUAAGGCUUCUGCUAAAAAAGAGUGAGUUGAAUGAAUAAGUUUGGUACUGA